AAGGUUUCUGGGAGGCGGCCAUGAAGAAAGAGAUAGAUGGCCACGACAAGACUGGAACAUUUACCAAGGUAAAGGAGCUGCCCGAGGGGCGGAAGGCCAUAGGUUCAAAGUGGAUGUUCGCUUGGAAGACGAAUGAGACGGGCCUGAUAGUCGACUUUAAGGCCCGUAUGGUUGCGCGGGGUUUCUCUCAAAUCCCCGGCAUCGACUUCCACCACUCAUCCUCAGCGUGCCCGUCUGCAGCGUCUAUCAAGACGGUGAUUGCCGUAGCCACUGAAAAGGGCAAGAAACGAACGCUCACUGGGAUGUGAAGCAAGCGCACAUCCACGCUAAGCUGAAAGAAGAAAUAUACCUC